UUAAAAACUUCCAAGAAAAACACUUGGUCGGCAGAUGUACCACGAACACAAGCCUCGCGAACAAUGGCCGGGCUAACAAAAGCCGGGCGAACAAAGGCCGGGCGAUCGAGUGGUCGAUGAGCACGUCCGCACGUGACGGGUGCCUUUAUCGGAAUAACGAACGAGUUACGAACAUAACUAGAACUAUGUGUGGGACAACGAUUUAAUAGGCUAUGGAGAGAACGUAGAGUCCGCUCACGGCUAGAGUGAAGAUAUUGAAAAUAGGGAGCUAGAUAGGAAGGAGGUUCUAGGUUCUAGGGAAACUAUGAUGAACGGACCGUAAUGUUUCCGUUGUAAAGAUAAACUUUAAACUUUCUAAAAGAGUUACUUGUUGUCUUAAUUGGAGCGACUUACUCGCAACCUUAUAUUAUAUUAUAUUAUAUUACCUAAUAUAUACCUAUAUAUAAACCUAUACCAAUUAUAUUACCUAAUCAAUAAAUUAAUUAAUUUUUUUUUGAUCUGAUACUUAAAAUCCUAAUCCAUUGCGAUAAGAUUUGACGAGUUAAUUACUAUAAAAAUCUUCAAGUGUCUGUAAAAAGUCACUUGGAAGUCGAGUUUCUCGCAGUUUAUUACACUGUGAUCCUAGGAUGAGAGGUUUUAAUGUAUUGGCGCUGCUUGCGCUGGCGACUGCUGCCCAUGCCUUCGUACCCAUAGAGACCAACUACCAUGAGGUGAUCGGGAUCCCUAUGGCGAUGGAGCUCAAGAGCGCUGAGGAGGGCGCUGACUUCGACGGCGCCAGGAUCGUAGGAGGCAGUGUGGCGGGGCUAGGCACUCAUCCACAUCUUGCCGCUAUGGUGAUUACUCUGACCGACGGUCGCACCUCCAUGUGCGGAGCCUCCCUGCUGAGCCACACUCGCUCCGUGACCGCGGCUCACUGCUGGAGGACCAGGAGCGCUCAAGGACGCACGCUUCAAUUGGGUUUCGGCACCACUCAGUUCUUCACUGGUGGAUUCAGAAUUAACACUAACAAUGUUCAAAUGCACGGCAGCUACAACAUGGACAAUCUUCACAACGACGUGGCUAUGAUUAUCCACGGACGGGUCGGAUACACAAAUGUGAUCCAGCCGAUCUUCCUGCCCCCCUCACAUCUCCUCAACAACCAAUUCGUGGGUACCUGGGCCUGGGCUGCUGGUUAUGGAAGAACCAGCGACGCAAGUGGUAGUAACACCCGGAAGCAUCAAGUGGCUCUUCAAGUGAUCACCAAUGCAGACUGCGCGCGUACUUUCGGUAACGGUGUCAUCGCGUCGACCCUCUGCGUGAACACCCAGGGGGGGCGCAGCACCUGCCGCGGAGACUCCGGUGGACCCCUCGCUUUCACGUAUGGAGGACGUCGCACCCUGAUCGGGAUCACCUCGUUUGGCGCUGCUCAAUGUCAGCGGGGACAUCCGGCUGGUUUCGCCAGGGUCACCUCGUUCGCUUCUUGGAUACGUGCUAGACUCUAGAUGAUUUACAAAAUAAGCGUAUAAUAACGAUUUACAAAAUAAACGUAUUUAUUUUUCACUGAA